CCAGAGACCCGCCUACACCUCGUCGGUCUGAAUCCAGGUCGCGAUGUACCGGGCAUCCUCGUGGGCGUCUUGACCAGGAUUCAUCCAUGCGCGGUAUCCCGCAGCAUCUUCCAUGCCGCUGCCGUGUGCACCGUUGUAUCCCUCGCGCUCGGUCUCCUCACGGAAGUGAGAACAUGUCAAGAUACGGGCGGGUGCCAAGAUUUCAUGGUUCAGAGCAUGUACCUCCCCAGCUCGCCACCACUGGUCAACUAAAGCUGACGGGGUCAUGUAUCACCCGGUACUUGUCCCCGGAGCACGCAUCGAUAGGGAAGUUGAUGGAGAAAUUAAUCGGACGUGUUCUCCUCUUGCACGGAGCUCAUCACCGGCCGACAACCUGUGGAUUCGUCAUUCAUAAUAUCUCUUUGUUGUCAACGGUUGCUAUUGUCUGACAUCCAUGAAAUGAAAUGCUAACAUGUUCGUACAAAAAUUGAAUUUUUUUUGUUCUCCAAUACUUAACUUUCUAGCAAAUAAUCUCCAUUGGAUGCAGUGAUGUUUCCAGCUAACGAGGAGCCCUGAGAUUACGCAGCUGACGGAAUCAACAAGGGUGUAGCAUUCGCCUUCUACAUUAACUUCUCCCAACACCCGCUUUGUCGUCCCUC